AGCCCUGCGCCCUGUGAGCCGCUCCUGUUUGCAUGGCUCAGGGGAGAGAGGUGAACUUUGGUGUCAGAGGAGGGUCAGUGACUGCCUGGAACUUCACCCUUGCCUCAGGCUGGACUUUGCCAAAUACGUGGAUUGUCACCUCCUCUAAUCUGCAUGCAGAUAACACAUCCUCACUGGGAAAGAGGCUGAAAACAUGAAGUACCCUGUCUGCCUGUUUCCCAGAAAGGCCUUAGGUAUUAAUGUGAUACAAAAGCUAAAUGAGGUAAAGGUUUGCAGAUCAGUUCUCGGAAUAAGCAAAUCGGAGGUGGAGAGACAGUGUCUGAGGAGUUUACUCCCGUCACUGUUUACAGAGUUUGAUUCAUUUCCCUCAAAACAAAUAUUUCCAAGCUUUGUUUUCCUAUUUCAAAUGCAGUGCCAGCAUCCCAGUGCUUGUGAGCAGCUGUGCACUAACACACCAGUGUGCCCAGACCAGAGUUCACCAGCUGUUCCGUUGCUUUGGUUUGCUGUAGCAACCUGAGCCCAGUGGAAGCGUAUAGAUAACGUAUAGAUCUUAGUAGCAGUGCACGGUCUAGAAGUCAGCCUGGAGAUCGAAGCACCUGCACAGUCUAUGCUGCACAGAGCCCCAGGGCUCUGCAUCUGGUUGUAUGAGUGAAGCUCAGGAUUGGCAGCUCACACUUGGUUGCGCAGCUGUGGAACCCAGUGGCAGAACUAUCAAGCCAGGCAAACAGAUAGUGCUGUUUGUCUUGGUGUAUGAGACUGGGAUACAAAGGUCAGCCCCAAAUCCAGCUUCACCCGAAUCCAGAGACCUGGGCAGCGCGACCAGCAAGGCCUCUCUUAGCACUGGUAAUAUACCAUCUUAUCCAUCAAGAAGAGAAAGAUGCGUGUGGGACCUCUUGUCACCUGAGCACUUCUGCCUAAUAUUGCUCCAUAUAUAAAGUGAGCAGCGUGAUCCAGGGUCCAACUCACAGAGGACAGCAGGUGAACAGCGGCUAGAGUCCCAGCCCAGUGACCAGACUGACCAUGUCUCACAAAGCUGCACUUCUGGCUUUGCUCCUGGCCACCGUCUCAGUUGCUCAGGCUGAACGGGCGAGGAAUGGGUUCUGGGAUUACCUCAGCCAGCUCACUCAUGACAAGGACAGUAUGGCACAUACCCAAAGCAUGAAGCUGGAUCAAGAGAUCAAAAAAGUGAAAGAAAGUAUCCAAGAAGGAGUUAACUACAUGGGAAAUCUCCUUGAGAAACUGGCCCCACUCAACAGAGGACUUCAGCCCCGGUUCUACCAAGACUCCGACAGCCUGCGAAGGCUCAUCAGGAAGGAGCUGGAAGGCCUGAGGGUGAAACUGUCUCCUUAUGUGGAUGAGGUGCACCAAAAAAUCAGCAAGAACCUGGAAGUGCUUCGCUUCCAGCUGACCCCAUUCACCCAAGAGCUCCUGGAUCAGGUCAUUCUGAAAGCUAGGGAGCUCCAGCAGCACCUCACCCCCACUCGAGACGUGAAGGCCCAGUUUCUGGAAGGUGUAGAUGAGGUUCAGAGGUUUGUGUCUCAGUAUGCCAAUAAAAUAGCCUUUCAUACUGACCAAGUGAAGGAGGUCUUCCAUCCGUACGCUGCCAGACUGGUGACGGAGAUCCACCGCAACGUGGAAGAGCUCCAUAGAAACGUCAUCCCACACACCAAAGUCAGCCCGGAAAAACUCAGUCAGUACAUCCAGGAGCUCUCUGAGAAGCUGACCCAGAAUGCCAGGGAUCUCCAUCAGAAGAUCCAGAGGAAUCUGAACCACCUCAAGGAGCAGCUGCGCCUUUACCCCAGUGGCCUCCGGGAGCACAUUGCUGGCACUACUGUAGACCCUCACUGGGCUGUGGACCCCUACAUGGAGGGCAUGGCUCAGGAAGUGCAGCAGAGAAUUGAGGAGUUCAGAAGGGACACGUUCCUCCAGAUAGACGACUUCACCAGAACCAUUGACCGGGAGACAGAAGAAAUGAAGUUCAAACUGUCUCCACUGUCCUCAUACUCAGAGGAGUUUCAGGACAGCUCAGCACCUCUGGAGGAUUUGCAUGUCCGGCUUGACUCUCUGUGGAAGGAUAUUUCCCAGAGUUUAAAUGAGAAAAGCAGCGAUUUACAAUGAAAUCCUGUACCUGUGUAUAGAGAGGGGAGUGUGUG